AAUGGCGAACGUUUAGGUUGUGUGUUACUGUUUUCUUUUUAUUUUAUUUUUAAGAAAAAAUUAUUCAAGACAAAGCAUGGGCCGGUCGCCAAGUCCGCGGCGGCGUGAUGAUAGAAGAGAUAGAAGGGACCGAGACCGAGAUAGAGACCGCGAGAGGAGGAGACCAAGGACCCGGUCUCGAUCCCGGUCUUUAGAGAGGAGGCGUCGAUCUCCUGACCGUCGGAGAUCACCUUCCCCCCGAAGACGACGAUCACGCUCCGCAUCUCCAUUACCCACUACCUCAUUCGCUCCUAAACCGAAGAAGACUUUCGGCGAGCGACCAAUCGUCACGCCCGCGGACUUGGAGGGAAAGACGCCUGAAGAGCAAGAAAUGUUAAAAGUUAUGGGUUUCUGCGGCUUCGAUUCGACUAAAGGUAAGAAAGUCGAAGAUAAUGUUGAAGGUGAGGUUCACGUUGUUUUAAAACGUAAAUAUAGACAGUACAUGAAUAGGAAAGGUGGGUUCAACCGGCCGCUAGACUUUGUGGCGUAACAGUGACGCACGAGCUAACUAGCCACGACCUCCAGGGUCUUAAAGCUAUUGUUGUAAAUUUUGCUACUAUUUUGUGAUACAUCUAGAUCCUUUGUGGAAUACAUCACAUAGUUAUUAACUAAUUAGAAAUGAACUUGGAAAUGUCCAAUACAACACUUAUAUUCAACUAACUUCUCACAGUAUACAAGGACAAAGAUUGAUUCUUUGUGAAGAAAAUUCAACAAUUUCACACAACAUCUUGAUUGUUUUAUAUAUAUUUUUAUGC